GGAGUUUUUGUUUCCUCUCCACUCCUCUUUUCUCCUCUCUCUCUCUGUCUGAGUUUUGCUCUGUUCUUCUUCUUCUUCCUCUUCCUCUUCCUCCUGUUUCUUUGUGUCUUCCUUAUAGCUCAGAAAGCGAGUGAAACCCAGAGAGGAAAGGAGAACACAUAACAGGGUAACCAUGAGUUGCUUUGGUUGUUUAAGAAACUCAACCAAAGAAUCAGAGAGGAAGAACAACAACAACAACCACAACGCCCACAUCAACAACGCUACCAAAUCUAAUCGUCAAGACACUUCAAAAGUGAAUUCAGAGAGGAAUGUAAAAAAAGAAUUGGGUGUAAAAAAGGAGGAAGUCUCUAAGGUUGACCAGUUAUCGAUCGAUGUAAAGGAGUUGAACAUAAAGGAAGAGGUUUCUAAGGAUGGGAAGGCUAAUGGCAGGCGGCCACAGGCAUUUACGUUGGAGGAAAUGGAAGUAGCAACCCGAAACUUCAGUCCAGAUUGCUUUAUAGGCGAAGGAGGUUUCGGCAAAGUUUACAAGGGCCACUUAGAGAAAACUAACCAGGUUGUUGCUAUCAAGCAGCUUGAUCGCAAUGGUUGCCAAGGGAUUAGGGAAUUUGUUGUUGAAGUAUUGACGCUAGGUUUGGCAGAUCAUCAGAAUCUUGUCAAAUUGAUUGGCUUUUGUGCUGAAGGGGAUCAAAGGCUCUUGGUUUAUGAAUAUAUGCCAUUUGGAUCUUUGGAAAACCAUUUGCAUGAUCUUCAAGCUGGGAGGAAUGUUCUGGAUUGGAAUACAAGAAUGAAGAUCGCAGCUGGUGCAGCAAGAGGUUUAGAGUAUCUGCAUGAGAAAAUGCAGCCUGCUAUCAUAUAUCGUGACCUGAAAUGCUCAAACAUUUUGCUCGGUGAGGAUUAUCACCCAAAGCUAUCUGACUUUGGUUUGGCCAAAGUUGGUCCGAGUGGAGAUAAAACUCAUGUUUCAACUAGGGUUAUGGGAACAUAUGGGUACUGUGCACCAGAUUAUGCGAUGACAGGUCAGCUGACUUUUAAAUCAGAUGUUUAUAGCUUCGGAGUGGUUCUUUUGGAGCUCAUAACAGGCAGGAAAGCUAUUGAUAGCACAAGACCUGUCAAGGAGCAAAACCUUGUAGCAUGGGCAAGACCCUUGUUCAGAGACCGGAAGAAAUUCUCACAGAUGGUGGACCCAUUGCUCCAUGGUCAGUAUCCUGUCAGGGGAUUAUACCAAGCUCUUGCUAUUGCUGCGAUGUGUGUUCAGGAGCAGCCUAAUAUGCGGCCUGUCAUAACCGAUAUAGUGACUGCACUGAACUACCUGGCUUCCCAGAAAUAUGACCCCCAAAGCCAUCCAGUACAAAGCUCCAGAAGGAGUCCAUCUUCCCCUAGAGUGAGAAAAGAUGAUAGUAGGAGUAGGAAUGCGGGUAAUGAGCCUGAGAGAGACUGAGCUGGGGGACAAAAUUAAGAAUAAAGCAGUUGAUACCAUUUUGUGGUCUUAGAGAUGAUGUGCCUGGUUAUCAAUUUUUGCAUCACAGAAGAUAACAGGUAAUACUGCCAUUCUCAAUAUUCACAUACAGAGAAUUUCCGCUCUUUUCUCUCUUCUCCCCUGCGGUGUACAUGUGAGCUGACGUUCUUGAUGUCUUGUAUGUAAGAUCUGUCCUUGUAGGAACUUUUAAGAAAAUAUAUUAGUCAGUCUUAAUUUCUAUACAGUUACAUUCUUUCACCGACUGUCUUUCCUUUGUUUCCUUUACUUCCCUUGCUACAUGUGUAUACAUUUUUUCUUUUGUCUAGCAAAGCAACUGCACAAUCACAGUUCUUCCUUUGCGCAAGCUUUGUUUUAGAACGGAAUUAGAAAUAUAUCUACCUCGUCUCGCCAUGCAGGUAAUGUGGAUUAUCAUUGCUGGAUGGAAUGUGAAAAACAUGCAUCAUGGCGAGUUAUGAGGCAAAGAGGGAACUUGGGGGUUCUACUGAAUGAGUUGUAAAUGUGUACCUUGGGUUGGGGGUGUAGUUAUCUUGGUAGAUUGGAGAGCUCCAAGCAUCUCCAAAGGCUAGUGUAUAUACUAAAGCUCCUCAAGUACAUGGUAGGAUGUUGAAUUGUUGAUUACGCUUUUAUUUAUUUUUGGUUUAUUAUGCUAUUGAGCCAUACAUCUGAACAGUGUAUGAAUGAUCUUGAACUCUUGUAGUGACUUCAGUUCAAUACCGUAUACCAUGGAAGAGUGUUUACUUGAAC